AUGUCAUCUGCUCCUCUAUUACAAAAGACUCCCGGCAAGAAGAUCGCUCUACCCACUAGAGUGGAACCAAAGGUCUUCUUUGCCAAUGAACGUACUUUCCUAUCGUGGUUGAAUUUCACUGUUAUGCUUGGUGGAUUAGGUAUUGGUCUAUUGAAUUUCGGUGAUUCCGUUGGUAAGAUCAGUGCUGGUUUGUUCACUUUAGUGGCUAUGGGUACUAUGGUAUAUGCAUUAGUUACAUAUCAUUGGAGAGCUGCUGCAAUCAGACGAAGAGGUUCAGGCCCAUACGAUGACAGAUUGGGUCCUACGUUGUUAUGUUUCUUCUUGCUGAUCGCAGUUGUCAUCAACUUCAUCCUAAGACUAAGAUACAGUAAGGAUGUUUAA